AUAGGGAAGCGGGGAAAUCCUUAGGAUUGACACACGACUGUGCCCAAUGAAUACUAGCAUUUAGCGUGGGUCUCUUCAAGUAGACCUGAGAGAAAGGGAUUUCAACCAAUCGCGGGCGGGGGUGGUGUUUGUGGCGACCUCCCAGAGACUGUCGCGUUUCCAAGAGGGCGCUUGGUGGUGUGUGGAAGGGCUGGAGAAAGCGGCGCUGCCAGGGGCGGGGGGGGUGAUUUCGUCCGUGGCAAACGCCUCUGUCCGAGGAGAAAAUGAGUUUAGCUCUGAGAAAUGAACUUGUAAUAGACAAAACAAAAAGGAAAAAAAGACGAGAGCUGUCUGAAGAACAGAAGCAAGAAAUAAAAGAUGCUUUUGAAUUAUUCGAUACAGACAAAGAUGAAGCAAUAGACUAUCAUGAGUUGAAGGUGGCAAUGAGAGCCUUGGGGUUUGAUGUGAAAAAAGCAGAUGUAUUAAAGAUUCUAAAAGAUUAUGACCGAGAAUCCACAGGCAAAAUCACCUUUGAAGAUUUUAAUGAAGUUGUGACAGACUGGAUUUUGGACAGAGAUCCUCAGGAAGAAAUACUAAAAGCAUUUAAAUUAUUUGAUGAUGAUGAUUCAGGCAAAAUAAGCUUGAGAAACUUGCGACGGGUUGCACGAGAGUUGGGUGAAAACAUGAGUGAUGAAGAACUUCGAGCCAUGAUAGAAGAAUUUGAUAAAGAUGGUGAUGGAGAAAUAAAUCAGGAGGAAUUCAUUGCUAUUAUGACUGGAGACAUUUAAAAGGAUUGCAAGAAAAAAAGUGAACUUUAAAACAGAAUCAGUGGCUAUACGUGUUGGAGUUAUCAUCUUGUAGUCUGUUUCACACCUGGAGCCAUGCAAAAAACAGAACAAAACCAAACCAAUGUUAAGUUAGUUUUUCCAAAAGGACCAAAAUAAAUACUCUAUUGUAAUGAAAUUUCAUUAUUUUAUAUAUCCUUAAGUUUCUUAGAUAACAAAAAUGUUAAGUUAUUAAAAUGUUUGAGUAUAAAACCAUUUGUAUUAUAAAUUUAUAUAGUUUUAAAAUUAAAUCAUGUUAUGGAAA